CUCACAUAUAACAUUUUCGAGCGCACUGUCAGCUUCAAUGCAAUUCAAAGGGAAGCACGUAGCAUGCGUUGUCUGUUUUGUCCCCUUUCUUCGCCCCGCAUGCCUAAACCAGCUAGAGCUCUACGUGUUUAUCUUCAUUAGCUAUUUGCAGCUAUAUAUGAUGGAUACGAAGCUUUUGCUUUCACGUAACUUGCUGCAUCUCGCUGCGCCCAAAGCAGCUGCACGGCUGUCGCUUUUCUUGUUCUCUUUCUUUUUUUUCUUUUUUUUUUUGCGAACGCAGACAGGGCGUUGUGUAUAGAAGUCAAGGAACGAGAUACCCCCUCUCAUCGUGUGGUAUUGCCACGAGUAUAAAUUGAAACGUCAACAGAAAAUAGCUGACCAGACCACCUUACGCGUAAUUACGCGUUAUUGGAAGUGCGACGUGAAAUUACUCUGUGGCCGGUUUCUUAAGCAUGGAAUCGUCUCAAGUGUACGUAUUGGAGUCGAACCAAGCAACUGUUACAAACGAAAGAGAACCUGGAUACUGAACGUAUUGGAAUAGCUUCGGAAUUGUUCGCGUUUCAAUUUAAUUAUGCUAAUAGUAACUGCCACCACUCUGCGGUUUAUGACGUUAGCGGCGACCGAGAAUUUCGUGUCAUCAUAUUCCCCAAAAGUCAGUUUUGCUAUGUGUAACACGUUGCAGCAUGUGAUGUUUGCUGCGUGAAGGGCGGUCGCAAAUAAAGAAAAAAAAAAAGGAAGGAAAAAAAGAACGAACUUUAUCACCGUGGUAAAUACGGCAGGGCGACGGAAAGUUCCUGUACCGCCAAAAGGCUUGCGAGCGCGCAGCGAUUAAACAGGAGUUAACCAUCCUCGGCCAAUGCCAGCCCAUGACUGGGCGUUUUGCGCUAACGGACGCAGCCCCGUACGUCGACCGACCGACGGCAGAUCGAGAUCGUCGCUUCCCAGCUGCAUCGUGGCGCCCAUCACUUGCGAGAGACUCGACAAUUCUGUAGCCCAGUCGCCGUCGCUGUGCUUGGUUCAGCCAGCCCGUGACCUCGCCACGACCUCUAGGGACGCCAGACGUCUAGAGUGUGCUUCGUCAUCCACCGCGAGACCAACCGGGCGCGCAACUUGCACCGCUAAGACGUCGUCGAAGCGAUGACUUCGCGUAGUGACCGCAGUUCUUCGGACCUCCGUCGCGACGUCGGCGACGACUCUGUGUCUGCGUUGUUCAUCGGGGCAGCUCCUCCGGCACACACGCGACGUUUGGAGGGAUUCCACGAGCGGAGAAGAGUUCCGUACAACAGCCGAUAUUGUGAACCGUAUCAACAGUACGCCUGCCCGCCGUAUGAGUAUCUGCGGCCUUAUUCCCCUAGCAAGGCGAACCGUGCUCACUGGAGGGCCACUGGAAGUACAUGGUACCUUGCGGACAGCUUCCCUGCCGAUAUCAACUCUGGACUUUUGCCUACGCCGCCGCAGUAUACGGAGUUGUUUCCGCAGAACCUAGACUCGGAACCUUUUGACGCCCCUGGUGAGACAGAAAGGCUUAUGAAGAUUCAUUACUUGGCCGAAGAGAUAGUGGCCCGCGACGCGGCCAUACUCUGCAACCGCGACGUCGUGUCGAUGGAAGUCGACGGCGAAUCCUGCUCAACUACAGAGCCGACGAAUCCUGCCAAGCCGUCGGUGGCCUCGCUGAGCUUGAAGACCCUGGCAGAGUCGUCGCUUAUGCCCCUGGCCGAAGCAGCGGGCCAUUCAGUUCGUGUCUCCGUCCAGGCCUCGCCUCCCGCGAGAGCGACGUCAGCGGAGUCUUCGAAGCAGCCACCGGCUGAACCCGCCGAGACGUCGCCGCCUAUGCCUGACGGACCAGAAACUGUCGCGGACAACUCGAACGGUUCGCGAGGGGAACAUUGCUCGAGUGCUGCGGCGAUUUUGUCGCAGAGCGGCGGUCGUCGAAAGAAGGCGAUUCCGCAAAAGAGUCCCAGUGCCGACGACCCCAACUUCAAGGGCGCCGUGGUUCACAUGCGUCUCCAGCUGGUCAACGGAAUGCCAAAGCUGAAGAUGGAGCAUUACUUCAACAACAUGCAGCGACGAGGCGUCCUAAGACCGGACUACGCCGAGAUAAGCGAAUCGGAGGACGACUUUGAGUACGCCAGAAAGGAGGACGUCGAACAGCAAGAUAAACAGUGCGCCUCUUGCGCCACGAAGUUAACACCGCUGUGGAGGGACGCCGAGGAUGGCACACCGUUGUGCAAUGCGUGCGGCAUCAGGUACAAGAAGUACAAAGUACGCUGUACCCGCUGCUGGCACAUUCCUAGGAAGAACGACAACACCCGGAGCGACUGCAAGGAGUGUGGGGGCACGCUGCGCUUCGUCGUGCGAAAGUCGUGCGGCUGAAAGAAGCCGCUUUAUUUGCAUCUCGUGCCAGCACGAGUUUAAUUUAUUCGCUUUGCGAAGCGCCCUGCAAGCCAUUUCUGUAUAGGCGCUUGUAACACUGCCAUGCACAUACACUCCACUUCCUCUUUGUUUCCUGGUUGUCGAAGAA